GCUGGCCGCCCGUGGAGGGGAGGCUGCAGAGCGAGGGCAGGAGGACUACUUUCCAGCACCCUAGCCUCCUGCCAUGUCAGACCCCAUCACACUGAACGUCGGGGGGAAGCUCUACACGACCUCACUGGCAACCUUGACCAGCUUCCCUGACUCCAUGCUGGGCGCCAUGUUCAGUGGGAAGAUGCCCACCAAGAAGGACAGCCAGGGUAACUGCUUCAUCGACCGUGAUGGUAAAGUGUUCCGCUACAUCCUCAACUUCCUGCGGACCUCCCACUUGGACUUGCCGGAGGACUUCCAGGAGAUGGGCCUGCUCCGAAGGGAGGCUGACUUCUACCAGGUGCAGCCCCUGAUUGAGGCACUGCAGGAGAAGGAGGUGGAGCUCUCCAAGGCCGAGAAGAAUGCCAUGCUCAACAUUACGCUGAACCAGCGUGUGCAGACAGUCCACUUCACCGUGCGGGAGGCACCUCAGAUCUACAGCCUCUCCUCCUCCAGCAUGGAGGUCUUCAACGCCAACAUCUUCAGUACCUCUUGCCUCUUCCUCAAGCUCCUGGGCUCCAAGCUCUUCUACUGCUCCAAUGGCAAUCUCUCCUCCAUCACCAGCCACCUGCAGGACCCCAACCACCUGACUCUGGACUGGGUGGCCAAUGUGGAGGGCCUGCCAGAGGAGGAGUACACCAAGCAGAACCUCAAGAGGCUCUGGGUGGUGCCAGCCAACAAGCAGAUCAACAGCUUCCAGGUCUUUGUGGAAGAGGUGCUGAAAAUUGCUCUGAGUGACGGCUUCUGCAUUGAUUCUUCUCACCCACAUGCUGUGGAUUUUAUGAACAAUAAGAUUAUUCGAUUAAUACGGUACAGGUAAAAGGACCCCAGCAGCACUGGAGGGGGGUGCUCCCAAGAAGCUCCACGUCAGCCAAGAUCUUGGAGAGUGCCUCACCAGUGGUGGGAGGCAGGGCGCUACACUAAUCUGUAUUAAUCGGGUAGCAGGACUUGAUUCCCCCCACAAUGCAGUCUCCCAAUAGGAAUCCAUGUGUCCUCUCAGCGGAGCCACCUUUUUCCUUGCCACUUUGAGCUAGAGAUGGGCUGUUUGU